AUGGCAAGCGAUAUCACCAAACAUCUCAUGGAUGCUGCAUCCGAAGGUGAAGCUCAAGGAGAAGAAUGGUCCAUUGAUGCAAAAGCUUUGGACAAAAGGGACCAAUUCAUGGACAAGUGGUUUAGGAUUAAUCCAGGCAUGACAUCUCAAAUUAAAAAUUUGCUUCUUACAACCCUGGGAUGUACUGACGUGGGUGCAAGGGCAGUUGCCUCGCAAUUGAUUGCUGCAAUUGCACAAGCAGAGAGUCCAGCGAACAAGUGGCCUGGACUCGGUGGUAGAUUAGUUUCCAAUAUGAGAGCUGGGCGUGCAUCCCCACAGGAAACAUUUGAUACUCUUGCUAAUGUGGUUGGGAAGUUAGAUUCUUAUACAUGGAGUAAAGAUGAGGUCAACUUAAUCUUCACUAAAGCUGUCAAGGAAAAAUGGCAGCUGAUAUCACCAGAUAUCUCAUGGGUGUUGCAUCCAGAAAAGGUAAAGUUCAAGGAGAAGCCUAGGAAGAAACAAUUGCUCAAGGUGACUCUCUGA